GGAAAUAAUUGGGGGUUCGGCAAUCUUUAUAAAUACUACUCCAAAUACCCCCAAAGAUGGAUUUUACAGCAUUCCACCAUCCCCUCUCUCCGGCGCCGAUCUCAUCCGCACUAAUUUUCACGUACAAAUCUUGGCGAUAAUUUAGGGAUUCGAGGAUCAAAUUUUCACGUCUCACUGUAUGAAAGUUCGGAUUUAAUUCAGCCAGAUGAGUAUUGAGCCAUUCAAUAGGUUGGUGAAACUUGCGGCAAGAGCUUUCUAUGAUGACAUUACAACUAAAGGCGACAAUCAGCCCAAGUCUGGCAGAAGUGACAAUCGAGGAAUUGCAGUGGUGAUUCUUGACGCACUCACAAGGCGGCAAUGGGUGAGGGAAGAAGACUUGGCAAAGGACUUGAAGUUGCACACGAAACAAUUACGCCGCACCUUGCGGUUCUUUGAAGAAGAAAAGCUCAUCACACGGGACCAUAGGAAGGAGGGAGCAAAGGGUGCUAAAGUAUACAAUUCUGCAGUUGCAGCUACUGUUGAUGGCCUGCAGAAUGGGAAAGAAGGAGAUGACAAAAUAAAGAUGCAUACUCAUUCUUAUUGCUGCCUGGACUAUGCACAGAUAUAUGAUGUCGUGAGGUACAGACUGCACCGAAUGAAGAAAAAGUUAAGAGAUGAGCUGGAUAACAAAAACACAGUGCAGGAGUAUAUUUGUCCCAACUGUGGGAAAAGAUAUACUGCGUUGGAUGCGUUGCGGCUGAUCUCUCCUGUGGAUGAGUACUUCCACUGUGAAAGUUGCAAUGGGGAACUAGUGGCAGAGAGCGACAAGCUAGCUUCUCAAGGGACCACCGAUGGGGAUGACAAUGAUAGGAGACGCCGCCGCGAAAAGUUGGAAGACAUGCUUCAUAGGGUGGAGGCACAACUCAAACCACUGAUGGAUCAACUUGCCAGAGUAAAAGAUUUACCUGCUCCCGAGUUUGGAAGCCUUCAAGCAUGGGAAGUGCGAGCCAAUGCUGUGGCCCGUGGUGCAAAUGGAGAUAAUGCAAAUGACUCAAAGUCAGGACAAGGGCUUGGAUUUGGUGGAACACCUAUGCCGUUUGUAGGGGAGACAAAGGUUGAAGUUGCUUUCUCUGGUCUUGAAGAAAAAGGAGAUAUCAAAUCUGAUGUUUCAGUUACACCAAUGAAAGUUUUGCCUCCAUGGAUGAUAAAGGAGGGAAUGAAUCUUACAAAAGAGCAGCGUGGAGAGGUCAAGCAAGAAUCAAAUAUGGAGGGUACUUCUGCUGCAGCAGGAUUAUCUGAUGACAAGAAGUCCAUAGGAUUUGAAGAUGUUAAAAAUAUACAGGAUGAAUAUAUUAAGGCAUAUUAUGAGGCUUUAUUCAAGCGGCAAAAAGAGCAAGAAGAAGCUACCAAAAUGUUACCGGAAACAUCAACUACAGAUGGAGUGUAUAACACCUCUACUGAGCGCCAAGUUGGCAUGAAAUCCAAACGUGAAGAGGAGGAUGAAGGAGAGGAUGUUGAAUGGGAGGAGGCCCCACCUGCAGGUAAUACUACAACUGGAAAUCUCAAGGUAGACUUGAAUGUUCAAGCAGAUGCUUCUGAAGACGACAACGAUGAAGAAGAUGACAUAGACUGGGAAGAAGGUUGAUGGUCAAAGUAAUUUUUAAGCUGCAAAAUAAAAAUGCAGACUGCCUGAAGUCUGCAUGCAUGUUUGUAGCUUCGUGAAGAGAGUACCAUCGUCAUCCUGACAUGGGGGUCGUUUGGUUAAAAGAAACUAAGCUAUGUAGGAAUUGUGUAAUACAAGGACUAAUAACGCAUUAUUUUUAUUGAGUGUUUUUUUUUGGCACUAGAAAUGGGAUAUACAAGGUAAAAUUCAAAAUUUGGGUUU